AGACGUUCGGAGCGCAAUCGGUGCAGAUGAAUCUCUGAUACUCUGAGACAGCGAGAACAAGUACUGGUAGACAGAAAUCGCGCGCAUCUGAUGAGCAUCAAACAUAAGAGCAUUAUUAGUGUAGUGUUUCGAGCAUCGGGCGGAGAUUUAUUUUUAAUCUAGUUUGGAACACAUAAAUCAACGCACGGUAGCAUCGCAUAUCGGUCGGAGGGGCGCGCAAAAAGUUGUGCAGAUCUCGCGGAAAACUCAACGGAGAGAAAAUCCGCUACCCAUCACAGUUGUUGCUAGGGUUACGUGUUGAAUCGGUGGUGGUCGCAUUACGAGUCUGGAGUGAAGAAGAUUAUCUACUUAAUUAGUUUAUUAACUCUUUCCCACUCUCGGUACUCGACGAAGGUUUCCUACCAGUCGCAGUGCGGUUGUUAUUCUGAAGUCGAAAAGUGCUAAAAGAGAUUUUCCCCCUUGAAAGCAAUUUGACGUUGUUGGUUUCUGCUGGCGUUUGAAAGUGAAUCUGGGUUAAUUCAUUCAUUCGUUCGGUUGGCUCAGUGUGCUGUGAUCUCGGCUGUCGAAACAAACGUGUCAAGAAUUUUGCGCCUGGGAUCAAGCGCGACAUGCAACCCGAAGAAUACGAAAACACUGGCUGGCUGUCGUAUUUCAGUCGACAUAAGACAACUUAUACAGCAGCUGAUAUUCAUAAAAUCAGUAACGAGUUGAAUAAUGUGCGUAAGAAUUUGACUGCGACCCAGUACGCGUACGGUGAACUGAGCAGUGAGCUGAAGGCGUUGAAGAGUCUACAGGAGCAGCAACGGCUGAGUGAGGAAUACGAGCAGCGUGCCAACAGUAAAUCUAGCUCAUCCAAAUCAGCUGAGAAGAGACUCGCUCAACAGGCGGAGGAGAUAAAAUGCCUGAAAAAUGAAUUAACAGGUUGUAAAAAUGAUCUAUUAAAGCAGAUUAACGCGUUGAAAGUGAAUGUGAGUGAAACGGUCAAGAAGAAAAUUAAAAACGGCCAACUACCGACGGGGGCUUCGCUGAGCAUUGAUAGUAGAAUAAUUGCGAUCGAGGCGCAGUUGGAUCAAGUGGCGGGGGAGAACAAGGAUCGUGUGAAUGGUCUCGAGUGCCGCCUGAAUCAACUGGAACAGCAACACGAGCGGGAAUGUGGACAUGCGUUGAAGAAGCUGGAAUCGUCCAUCAGUCGCAAAUUCCAGGAGAUGACUAAUAUGAUACUGGAGUUGCAGCGAAAAAUGGACACCAGCGAAACAAAGCUGGAUGAGCAGAUUAGGAAUCAGUCCAUGAGUCAGGAUGCGAUCUAUGAGGAGCUCGAUCAACGCAUGGAUGUUUUUGCGGCCAAGAUGAGGGAGCUCCAUGCGAGGAUCGCACAUUUGGGACAGAGAGACGAUAUUGGAUCGACGUUCGUUUAGCAUAUUCAGGCGAUUGAUGUCAUGCUUGUGUGAUGCUAUUACCAGUACUAGUAUUAGUUUUGUCACUAUUCGGUACCGUUUUUACGGGCGAUUUGGAAAG